UUCGCCAUGAAGAUGUCCCUAGUGCUGAUCUCAUUGGUUUCCCAAAUGCUGGGGGCCACAAGUCAGCUGGCAGUAAAACAGGAAGAUGUGAUAACGACAAUGGCAAUGAGAAGGAUAAUUAGAACGACCCCCAAGCCACAGAGUCCCUAUUGCCAGCCCAAGUUGUGCCCCAAAGGUCGACAGCAUGUGGCCUGCGAAAACUAUUACUCGAGCCUCCACCGCACCUGUACCGCCAAGGAGAUCACCUUUGUGAACCUGACCAUCCUAGCAGAUAGUAUAGUGAGGCACCACAACGAGCGGCGCUAUCUGCUGGCCAGUGGCAAGGACUCCGCGCUGCCACGUGCCGCUCGAAUGGUGGCCAUGCAGUGGGACGAGGAUCUGGCCGCCGUGGCAGGAUUCAAUGUGAGGAUGUGCCAGGCCAAGCACGACGAUUGUCGCAAUACGGUGAAGUACCCGCGAUCCGGCCAAAAUAUCAUAGUGUUCAACAUGACGCGCCAUGUGGAGAAGUCGGUGAUGGACAUUCUGUACCCCCAACUGCUGUCCAUUGCCGUGAAGACCUGGUGGUCGGAGUCCGACAGGAUGACCGCCGCCAACAUGGACCUCUAUCCCUGCGAUGAGAAACAGCAAAAAGCGUACCGCCACUUUGCGGCCAUGGCCAUCGAGGGCAACUCGCACGUGGGCUGCGCCGGACUGCGCUACGUGGUCAGGAACCUGACCCAGUUCAAGCUGACCUGCAACUACGCCCGGGCUCCGGUGUGCGGACAGCCGAUCUACCGCUUCCGGCCCCUCGGAUGCCAGACGGGCCGCAACAAGAAGCACUCGUCCUUGUGCUCGCCCACGGAGCUCUUCCGCUGAAUUUUUGAAUUUGGCAGCACAGCGCACUCCAUCGCACUCCAUCGAAAGCCACAUUAACGCAUCUUGUUUAUCCAUGUUUGUCCGAAAACCUGGCCAUAAAUACCAUCGAACGAAGGGCCCCAAACGAAUGGCCAUGCAAAAUUCAAACAACUCCAUCGGAAUGGAAUUUCUGCCAAUUUCCUGUGACGAACCCCGGCCCGAGGUCCUUGGCAGGAAGUAUCGAUGGCGGUGCAAUUACCUGCAUAACAGGCGGGCAAAAAUAACCACACUGCGAAAAUAUGCACGCACUGCAAA